CUGUACUUGCCUUAUAGUUUGGUCUUCUUCUUCUUCCUUUUUAUUUGUUCCUUCCACUCUCAAUCUUUUCGGCUUCCCCGUCGAUAACCAUCUUCGCCUUUUUCAGCGACAAUUACUGCGAAUUCCUCGUGUCUACCAAAAGCAGCUAUGCCUAAAAGAGCAGCAGAGUCGCCUCCUUCAUCAGAAACCCAAGGAGUCAAACCUGCGGACUCUUUUGGUGAUUACAGAUCUCAAGUAUCUCAACUCCUGUCUCAAGAAGAGAAGAAGAUCUCGCUUCUUCGCGAUCAAGAAGAAGCCACUAUGAGCCAUUCCAGCACCGCGAUAGGAGCCGGGAUGUCACAUCUAAAGAAAGAGGAUUUGAAUGUCUUGUUAAGGCAGUGCGUGAGGGAUCUAACUCCAGAAGUUAAUGAGAUGCAUAUGCGUGUAUGCAGCAUGAAACUGUUUUCAGACAAGGCUACCAGAUGUAAUAAUGUUCCUGCAGAAUCUAAAGAGGCAACUGUAUCUGAAGAUGAUGUAGAAACUCUUCUGUGUAACCCUGAUAUUGUCAAGAAAUUAACGUCCCAGUACUCAAAUGUUCUUUAUCAUGAGCUGGAGGAUAUGCAGCAGCAACUCGAGAACCUCCUUGAUGAUGUGGUAGCUACUUGCAGACCUAUGACUCGCACUGAAAAGCUAGAUCUUCAGAAAGCGAUCGUGGAGUUACCUGGCGGGAAUCGUGACCGGAUCGCUGGGAUAGUGGAAGAACAUUGCAGAACAUCUGGCAAGGAUUUCUCUGACGAGGUUAUAGCCAACCUGGAUCAGUCGGAGGACAAUAUAAUGCUAUGGAGAUUGCAUUUCUAUGUAGGAGCAGUCAAGAAUGCUCAGAAGCUCGCUAGCUAACGUAGACUGUGUAUAUGGGUGAUGGUUAGGGGGUGUUGGAAUGGUGUGAAGUGAUGCUUUCAAACCGGUCUCGAAUCCUCUAUAUACUGUUUUUGUUUUCUUCCUCCUCAUAAACUGGUUUAAACCGGUUUUGAUUUUGCAAGACGUUGAUCAAAGAUUGAGAUUGGCUGGUCUAUUACAAUUUUUAUGGAUGGGUAUACAUACAUGUUCUUUCGA